CACCAAGCAAAUCGGAAAGAAAAAAUCAAAGCGCCGAUUAAGAACUUCAUUCCUAAAUCUUGAAACCUUACUCUCGUUUUAACCUGAGAAAUGUGUGGAGGAGCCAUAAUUUCCGAGUACAUAUCGCCGGCGAGGUCAGGCAGAUUGACCGCCGACGAUCUCUGGUCCGAUCGGAGGAAGACCGCAAAAUCCGGGAAGCCGUGGAGGCGGAACGAUGUCGUUGACUUGACUUUCGAGGAUUUCGAUGAGUACGAGUCCGAUGAGGAAGACGACCUGGGCGGAUUCUCCGGCGUCAAGUCGUUCGCCUUCUCAGCGUCUAGCAAAUCGACUGUGUCUGGGAACAAACAGAAGGACAACAAAAUAACAGACGCGAUGAUGAAGAAGAGUCGGUACAGAGGAAUCCGUCGACGCCCAUGGGGGAGAUGGGCAGCUGAGAUCCGUGACCCGACGAAAGGAGUACGAGUUUGGCUCGGAACUUUCAACACAGCCGAAGAUGCUGCAAGAGCUUAUGACUCGGAGGCUAAGAGAAUCCGAGGCCCUAAAGCCAAGUUGAACUUCCCAGACACGUCUUUUACGUCCUCAAGAAAGCGUAAGGUCGCACCAAGAAUAGCUAAACCGGUCAACACGGAGCAACAAAACUCGAGCCUAGAUCACUGCAACGUAGCAGAGAAGCCUCGCGUUAAUAACCAUCAUCUUGGUUCUGACAAGAACUCGCUUCAGCAGACCGACGGCAGUGACUCGUUCGACUGUUUGGAUCUCUUGUGGGAGGAAAAGAACGUGGAGACGAUUGAGAUCCCGUCGUUUGACACAGAGUGGUUCGAAGAUGUUACCAACCCGACGAAGAAGCUGAAGGCUGAUGAUUCGGAAUCGAACGGCAAAUUCUCUACGCUUUCGGAGGAGCUUCUGGCUUUCGAGAAAGAGACUGACUGUUUCUUUCAGAUGCCGUAUGGAGUGGGUAACUGUGACUCAUCGUUUCUGAACAAUCUUCUCGACGGAGACAACGCCAUGGAUCUCUGGAACUUUGAGGAGGGAGUGUUCUGAGGUUGUCUGCACUCAGAAGCUCUUUGUGCAUAUGACAAUGGGAGAGUGUUGUCUUGUUUUGUUCCUGAUUUGUAUAUUGCUUUGAGAUUGUUCUUUAUCCUUUUUUGUUGUACCAUAAAAUCCGUGAAGUCGAUGUUUUUUUUUCUCAAA